UCAGCAGCCGCCUGGAGACCACCCAAAUGCUAGCUAAAGCUAUCACCAAGGCCCCACAACCCCCCCAGGCCUGGAUCUUAGUCACAGGUGUAGGCAGAAUAACUUCCUAGGCCCUUGAUCCACACGUUUCUCCUACCCUUUGGAUACUUUGAGAAAUGGAGACCCCGAGAGAAAGAGAGAGGAGUGGCACUGCUCCUAGCACCAGGGAAAAGUCCAAGGGACUUGGGAAAGUCCCUUGCUUUUCAUACCACAGUUCUUUAGGAACAGAGUUCCUGAUUGUUCUAUGUCACCCUUGGGACCAAAUAAUUGCAAACAAUUAUAAUGUGCACACCAACCACUAUUUGAAGUGCUUUAUACGUAUUACAUCAUUUAAUCCUCACAACAACCCCAUGAGGUAGGUACUAUUAUGCCCAUUUUAAAAAUGUGAAAAUUCCAUACCAAGAGAUUAUGUAAUUUGCCUAAAGUCACAGAGUCAACAAAUGAGAUUAAAAUUCAGGCAGCCUGGCACCAAAGUUUCUGUUCUUAACCACUAUACUCUAGCAGCCUUUAAGUUUAGCCCUGCAACCAAAGAUAAGAGUUCCUCCAGGGCAGGAACAGAUCAGGUAAUGGAGAAGCUCAAGGGGAAAAUAUCCAUGCCUCUGUCUUCACAUGGGGAGAUGCCAAGGGCUAAAGAGGGUGAGGCCAAGGGAAGUGCAAAAAGCCAGGCAGGAGCAAGGACACCAGGGCAAACGAGUGCUGUUCCACCGGCAGCUUACUACCAGCCCAGCCUGACAGCAGAGUAUGAUGAGGACAGCCCAGGAGGGGAUUUUGACUUUUUCUCCAACCUCGUGACCAAAUGGGAAGCAGCAGCCAGGCUUCCUGGAGAUUCUACACGGCAGGUGGUGGUGCGCUCCGGGGUUGUGCUGGGCCGUGGAGGUGGUGCCAUCAGCCUCAUGCUACUGCCCUUCCGCCUGGGCCUGGGGGGCCCCAUCGGCUCAGGCCACCAAUUCUUCCCCUGGAUUCACAUCAGGGACCUGGUGGGAAUUCUGACCCAUGCCCUUGAAGCAAACCAUGUGCAGGGGGUCCUGAAUGGAGUGGCUCCAGCCUCCACCACUACCAAUGCUGCGUUUGCCCAGGCCUUGGGUGCUGCCCUGGGCCGCCCAGCCUUCCUUCCUCUUCCCAGCAUUGCAGUGCAAGCUGUCUAUGGGCGAGAGCGUGCCAUCAUGCUGCUGGAGGGCCAGAAGGUGAUCCCACGUCGGACGCUGGCUGCGGGCUACCAGUAUUCCUUCCCAGAGCUAGGGGCUGCCUUGAAGGAAGUCGUAGCCUAAGUAGGGAAGUGCAUGGCCAGGGGCUGAGUCCUGUCCAUCAACAGAGGCUUCCUUGUUAGACACUGUAUAUAGGCUCAGCUAUUCUUCUGCUUGAGAUCUGAAGCCAUCUGGUUCUUAGGGAUUCCCCCUUCCUAUUCUGUUGCUCUACCUUAUUUAACUGGCAGAUUGUCCACAGUCUCAAGGCAAUAAUCUCAACAGGUUGGGGCCUUAACCUCUUUGACUCCUUGUGAAAGGAUUUCCAAGCUUGGUCUCUACGGAUCUGUUGCUGCCCCGCUUCUCCUUCGUGCUGUGUAGAGAACGCUUUGCUGUUCAGGCAAUAAAGACGAAUUAUCUCGCUA